GAUAUAAAUGACAAGUACUUUGAUCAUCUUUUCAUUAGGUAUUAUAUAACUUUGCAUGUAAUCAUUGUGAUGUCACACUUUUACCAUUUGCGUGUAGAAAGUCCAUGGUAGAUAUUUGGUUCGAUUGGUUUAUAUUGAUGAGAAUACACCACAUCUGACUACACCAUCGGUUAUUGUUUCUUACUUGUGUAUUAAAACAUUAAUAGGAUUACUUGAAGUUAGUUGUUCGAUUUAUUUAUCAUAAUCUCAAUAAUUUAUUUGGUAAUGUAGUCAAAUAUACCAGGUAACAUGUUUUGUAGUAUAUAUAGUAUAGUGUAAAUAGUAUAACCUAACUUCCUAUGUGACAAGUUUAGGAGUCACCAUUGUGCUAUGGUGAUAGCCGUGUGGGUACAUUGUACAUGGUUAUACACAUUGUAUAAUAAUAGAAAAGUAAUAAUAUAUAUGUUGUCAUUGCAGUGUAAUUUGGUAUAAGUUUAGUAAAAAUAGUAUAAAUUCCAAGUAUAAUGUUGUUAACUGACAGUCAGUAAAUUCAUUAAAAUAUAACUUAAUCGGUUGACUUCGUCGCCAUAUCGCCUUCAGUGUCGUCAUCUUGUUGCGUUUAACAGCUGCUUAAUGACUUGAUUUGGUUAACCAAUCUUUGAAUUGCCAUGAAUUAUAAUGUCAAAAUGCUUUCAAUAAUAUUCUAUAUUUCACUCGCAGUUUUGACCAUCUUUUGUACUUUAUCACUCUAUAUUAUUGUAUAUUUGAUGUACAUACAUUGGAUUACUUCUCAUAUACCAGGACCACCUCGUUCAAGUUUCUUUCUUGGUCAUCUGCCAGAUAUUUGGAAGUACAAAGCAAGAACAGGACGAGUUUUGCUGGAAUUUAUGAUGGUGAAAAGAUUUGAGUACGGUAAAAUAUAUCUGUUGUUUUUGGCACAUCAACCCGUGGUAUUUCUGGCAGAUUCAAGUUAUGUAAGACAUGUUUUUAUAAAUAACCAUAAACAUUUAGUGAAACCUCGUUUCGUUUAUGAUAAACUUGGAUUUGUCUAUGGUGAGCGCAGUGCAGGAUAUGGAUUAGUUACAAACACGGAUGAAAAAUCUUGGCAAAUGCAUCGACAUAUCAUGAAUCCAACAUUUUAUCGAAAAUCUCUUCGUGAUUUUAUGAAAAAUUUCAACAAUGUUUGUGAUCGUUUUCUGGUCAGAAUGAACGCAAUUGUUAAAGAACAGAAACCAAUAAGUAUGAUGGUUGAAUUUGGUAAAGCAACAUGUGAAUCUAUCAGUCAAGUAUCAUUUAAUAUUGAUACACAAGUUAUUGAAAAUCCAAACUCAAAGUUUCUUAGUGCAAUUCGUCUUGGAUUGGAAGGUACUCAAGAUAAUAUGGAAAAUCCUCUGAGUUCAGCACUAUUGACAAUGUUUCAGUGGAGCUUCUUACAAAAUGAGAAAAAGAAAAGUCAAAUUGAAGCUGUUCGAUUCCUGCGAAAUUUUGCUUCUCAGCAUGUUGAAAAGCGUAUAAAUGAAAUAGCAAAUAAUAAAGAUGUUCCUAAUGAUUUGUUGACUUCUCUUAUCAAAGAUGGUAGGUUAACAAUGGAUGAAAUAAUUGACCAAUUCUUAACCAUAUUUGUUGCUGGACAGGAAACUACUUCAAAUUCAUUAUCAUUUUUGCUCUAUGAAAUUCUCAAUCAUCCUCAUAUCGAAGAGAAGAUCCUUAACGAAGCAAAUGAAGUGCUUGGUGAUCGUGAACACAUGGAGUUUGAAGAUCUGGGAAAUUUGAAAUAUUUCAACAAGGUUAUGGAAGAAGGAUUGCGAAAACAUCCUGUUGCAACUGCACCAAUAAGAGUAAUGUUAAAAUCUUUAGAAGUUGGUGGUUUGAACAUUCCUUCUGGUGUAAUUGUUGAAUCUAGUCAACUCUUCUUUGGAAAUGAUCCAGAAAUUUGGCCAAAUCCUGAAAUAUUUGAUCCUGAAAGGUUUGAAAAUGUCGAUCACAUUCAAAAUUUCACCACAACACAUUUUCCAUUCUCCAUUGGUCGACGUGAUUGUAUUGGACGAACAUUUGCUAAGUUUGAAAUCAAGGUUUUUAUGGUUCGAGUUUUGAGAAAGUUCAAAUUUCAACUGUUACCAGGACAGACAGACAGAAUGGAAGCUAAGCUAACAAUUAAACCUUGUGAUGGUGUCAUGUGCCAUGUUAUGAGGCCUUAAUAAAAUGAUUGUAUUUCUUAUCAGAAUAUUUAUUUAAUGAAUAAUUUUGCCAUUAGCUAUAGUUAAGAUUUUAAGAUGACAUACGUAUUUGGUUUUAAUGACAUGAUAUGCAUAAAUUGAGUGAAUCACUUUUUUUAAAUUAAUAGCCAGUCAAUGCUAGCUUUGCCAUUAUAGUUACACAAAUGUUAUUUUUUAAUGCAAUGAAUGCGAAUUUGAGAUUGAUGGAAAUGUGAUAUUUAUACAUGCUUGUCAUGAAUAUAAAUACAUACACCUACUUUUUAAUAUUUUAUCAGCAAUGAUGUAUUUAAAACUAUUAUAUUAAUUUUAAUUUGGUAUAUUGUA